GUAGAUAAGAAAACAUUGUCUGCCUUGCUAUCCUUAGUGGUAUAUAUUCGAAGUUAUAAUCCAAUCAAUGGAAAAAUAAGUAGAAUUCCCAUGAAAUCUCAACUAUAUAACUGAAGUAACUAUGAAUUAAACCUACUUGAAGUAACAUCAGCUCAGUCUCAUGAGCUCCAACACAACGCUUCUCCCGGUGUUGUUUUUGCUUAGCAAGGGGGUCAUAGCAUUUAGGAAACUGUUCCAUGCUCUGUUGUCACUUAGGAUACCUCCCCCCGCCCUAGGAAAACUUUUGUGGGAUUCCAUGACUGCUGACUUUCCCCUGCCUGUCUCACCCACUCCAGAAUUUAAUUUUGUACUGGCCUUCUGAUGAGCUUGCACAGAGUGCUCCAAAUUCAGAGUUGCUCUGCGACAGUUCAGCUCCCAUUGACUUGAGUACAGUUGCACUUGUUUUGCUAGGUUUGGAUCUGGCCAUAUGUGUCUCAGCAGACUCUUGAUAGAAGUGGAUGUUUGCCCUGUGGGCUGUCUCUUGCUGCAUCUUAUAUACCCAGCGCAGAGGCUGUACAGUGAUUCUGUCUGCAAACGUACGUGACUUGUGUCAGACAGCUGUGGGCAAGGUCAGCGUAAAGUAGAAUUUUGAAGUGGACAAAUGUAUUUUUAAAAUGAAAAUUGGCUAAUGGAGCUAUUUUAUUUUAUUUAUUUUUUUAAAACUUGUGGAACAAUAGUGAGAGGGAUUUCUCUUAAGAUGAGCUGGUGGUCAGCUGGUACUCUGAAGCCUGCAUCUUAAUAGGCACAGAUUCAAGCCACAAAGGCUAUCAGGUUGAAAUAUCAUGCCCUGAGAUGGGCUGGAGGCUCUGUCACUUGUGAGUCUCACAGUAGAGGAGACCUCUGAGCAAACAAGCCCUUUGGUCUAUUCCCAGACCGUGGUCUCCAGCACUGCUGCAGAUGGAGAGUCCUUGAGCUGUGUCUAGCUCAUGAGUAUGGCACACAGGCCCUGUGAACCAACAGAAAGGUCUGGUUGUGUGUUGAACUUGGAGUUGAAGACCCAGUUACCUUUUAAACACCUGUGGGCAUCAGAUUUCCAUGGAAUAGAUGUGGGGGCUGUUAUAGCCCAGUGGGGACAGGCUAUUGUCGGAUUGUUCCCAAUGUUCUCUAAUCCAGUCCAGUUCUUGCCUCAAGGUCUGAGGCUUCCAUUUACUUCCCUUGGGCAACCCCUUCCUGAUGCUCCUGCAGAAUGAAAUAUUUUACGACCAGAGCACUGAGCUUUUUGGGAGGAGUUGGAACAGAAUGCGAGUCUUUAUGAGGUGACCUCUCUAAACUGUCUGCAGAAUGGAAGAGCUGGUGCUCCCAAUAAUCAAGGGAAGCUUCUCCGUAGAGACAGCUGGUCAGUCUAAACCUACCUUCUCUCAAUUUCUUCCCAUUACUCCUACUUAUACCAUUCCUUCCAGUCUAACCAAUUCUGACCCCCUGGAUGUUUCAAGUCCUAAGAGAAAUGUCUACCAAUCCCAGUGAAGAUUCAAGCCAGACUGGCUUUUUUUUCUCCCCACCCUUCUUUAAAAACAUCUUAAGUCAAGGACAAGCAUCCCUACAAAUAAGGUAAACAGCUUUAAUUUUAUAACAUUUCCAAGCGCUAGAUGUCACGCCAAAAAUAGAACAGAAAAACUCCUUUGAAUCGGCCCUCCCUCCUUUAUAGCACAUUGGCCUCUGAAUUUUUCUCAAGGGAGGUGUGUUCUGCAUUGUCAACCCAAGGUCACUUUGUUUGAACGGGAGAUGCAGUCCUCCCCUUACAUAAGUGUUUCGAGGGAUGCACUCGAGUAACUCUAGCCUCGGAGUUUAGCGCUGCUCAGAGCUGGAACAUGAGGCCCGUGCUUGGAGCGGCUUUGCUGUGCCUGCUGCUGCUCCUCCCCUCGGCUGCUCUGCCUAGAGAAGGAGGCGUUGGGGGAGGACUGUCACCUGUGGAAGACCUGGAAAUAACCUUUUCAAAGGAGUUGGGACUUGGAGAGGAGCAGAGAGAAAAGGAAGACGAGCACGUAUAUGAAGGAGCAGAACCCAACUUAAUGGCAUUAACGUCCAAGGCCACAGCUGCUACUCAUCUUCUGAAGAGUGACAAGCCAGGAGAUGAUGCCAAAGGAGCAAAAUGCCGUCAGCUCAUCCCUGAGGAGGCAGUUUUCCCAGUUCUAGGGUCAGAUUCCAGCCUGCCCCCUUGGCCCAUGGGUGGGCUGGAAGGGCCAGUGUGCAUGGUGAAAAUGGGCAGGAGGCACGGCUUGGGACAGAGUCACUUGGAAGUCGUGGGGGUCCUUACCAGCUACGAAAGUGAUUUCCUCAAGGUGGUGAGACGUUCAAGCUGGGAUCAAGGCCAGUUGGAGACCUUUGGGAUCUGUCCUGCUGAGGAGACCCAUUCUGCUCUCCUGUCUCUGAAACACAUCAGUGCUCACUUGGCUGACCCAGGGGAGAACAGGUUCCUUGUGCUGCAUCUUGAAGAAGUGAAGUGGGAUGCUGAGACAAAGCUCAGGUUUAAGCUGGCUUUUCAAGAGGACGUGGGGCGGUCACUUGGAGAGCUCCAGUCUGCCUUGCUGGUGUUUUAUCCUGGAAGCAGGGAAAGGAAGGGCAGCAAAGCAAGAGAGAAGCUCCUGGCAGCAGGAGAAGGGCUGCACCAGAAGCAGGCUCUCUGCCUCUCCAGGGAUACCCGGUACCUGCUGCUCGGGGCCUCGGUGAUGUCUGCCAUCCGUUCACACAGGCAGCUCAGCUUCGACGUUUCCUUGGCAAUCCGGCGUCCUGGUGACAGAGGCUCCCUCCUGCCCCCCCUGGAGGCCCAGCAACUGCUCUUCGGUGCGGACGAGAAGUGUUUCACCAGGAUGACCCCAGCCUUGCUCUUGCUGGUGAAGCCGCGAUGCGAGGAAGACGCCCCGUCCCCCUCUUCCUUCCUCUCCGUGGGCGGUGUGCUGGAGACGGUCCCUUACCCGCAGCCCAGCUCGCCCACUGGCGGCAAGGCCGAGGAGCCGGCCUCUAAUGCAGCUGCUGGCCAGGCCGAUGCUUCAUCGCCAGCGCCCGGCAACCACGACCAGUUCCUGGGCAGCCUGACCAGGUUUGUCAGCAGGGUCCUGAGCCCCUCAGGGGAGCCGCCUGCUGCCUCCGGCCUCCACCACUGGCUGGACUUCAAGACGAUGGAGACGCUUCCUCACCAGCUGCUCAACCUGUCGGAGCAGGCAGCCCUGGAGCGGCUGGUGCAGUCGGACGAGCCCCUGGUGCUCCUGUUCCCCCAGAACAGCCAGGCCCUGCUGGAGCAGCAGUUCGGGCACUGGCAGUUGGAGGGCAGACUGCUGCAGCUGCUGCUGGAGAAGUUCCAGGCUGUCAUCCAGGAGCUGAGGGAGAUCCCAGCCUUUCAAGCCAACACUGACCUCUUCCAGCAUCUCCUGGCCUUCUGCUAUUACCCCCUGGGGUCGGGCAGCAGCGACCCCAGGGAGCUGCCCCGUGGCCACCGGAAGCUGCACACACUGCUGCUGCUCAAAGCCCUGCAGACCGUUCGCGCCCACUGGCAGGAGAAGAGGAAGGUGUCCCGGCAGAACCGCAGCGCUGGGCCCCAGGCCUGCUGCCGGCUGCAGGAGCUGACAGUCGACCUCCACUACGAGAAGUUCAUCAUCGUCCCCAAGAGAUACAUUGCCAACAACUGCGAGGGCCCCUGCCGGUUCCCGCUCUCCACCCGCAUCCCCGACUACUCCUCCCACACGGUGCUGCUGAUGGGCAUGCAGGAACGGGGCGCGCCCCUCCGGCGCAGCCCCUGCUGCGUGCCGGUCAAAUACUCCGACAAGGAGAUCAUCAGAAUCACCACGGAGGGCAUUCAGGUCACGAUGUUCCCCAACAUGGUGGCAGAGGAGUGUGGCUGUCGGUAGAGACGCCCGGCCUGUCCCGUCUCUCCCUGGCGUCCUUUGGCCUUCGGAGCUUGGAGGGAGGCGACUGAGCUGAGGCUGGGGCCUGGGCUGUUGGUUUCACAGCUGCCUUUCCCCAGCAAUACUGGCUUGUUGUUUCCCUCUGGCCCUGGUAGGUUUAUGGGCCCAUCACGCUCCAGGAAGCUGAGGGCAGCCCCAGGCAUGUCUGCCCCCCUGGGCCCACAAUGGCAGCAGAGCACAGGGGCGGCGCAAGUGACGUGUUCCUGGAGCUCAGAGGGCAGCAAUAGGCCAAAUCUGACCCCCCCCAUCCCCCCUCCAGCUUUGUUAGAGGUGGAAUGUGGAGCGGCCAUGGUGGGCAGCAGCACCCCGGCCCCUCCCUGCCUGAUGCUUGUAUGUGCAGUUAUUUAUCAAUAUCUUUUAUGGUUUCAUUUCCCACAUUUAGUGCUGAGUGUGCUGAGGGCAGGGGACGUCCUGGGGGAAAAUCUGUAACUGGGGGAGGGGGAGUCUGUCUGCAUACAGGAGAUUGAUGCAAACAUGCCUGUGCCACUGAUGGAGGCCAUGGGCUAGGUCGGGUGCUGGGCUUUGUACACAGGCCACUUCAUCAUGGAAGCAGAGAUUCAAAUCCUGUGCUGAGAGGCAGGCCUGGCAUAGCGGGGGCCCAGGGAAGGCUGGGAGAUCGGCCUGGUGGAGCACGGGGUGCCGCAGAGCAGGUGUGUGGUGCAUUGGGAAGGCAGGGCUGGGAUCAGGCGGGGGUGCUGCAGGCCAGCCAUGAGGGGCAUGGCAUUGCUAUGGGUGAAGCUUGCCUAGUCUCUCAAUUCAACUCCAAAUCCGCCCCAACGUUUGUGCGGCUGAAGACAGGAAGACGGGGUGGGGAAGGGUAGGGGGUUGCAGUCUGCCCCAGGGGUCUAGCAGGGUGCUGUAGGGGCAGCUAACUCAGCCCCACAUGGAGGGAGUGUGCUGUGGCUCUUGAGAGCAGUGGUUCUCAGCCCGCAGGCCGCUUGCAGCCCAAUCAGCACCCAGCUGCAGCCCCUGUGACAUCCUCAGGGCCGUACAGGGAGUGUAUAUAUUUUGUGGAUGCAGCCCCUAUAACACACACAGAGCUGCACAUGCAGCCCCCAAGGGUAAAUAGGUUGAGAACCGGUGCUUUGGAGCAAUGCUUUGAGGAGGUGGCUCCUUGACAGCGGAGCGAGAGAAGGAAAGAUCUGCUGCUCACCAGGGCUUUGGGGACCCUCCCUCACUUAUCGCAGCUGGCUAAUCCCAACGCUGGUGGGCGCACACCCCCUCCCCAGACCAGCCAGGGCUUUGCUUGGGUGCAGCUCACAGUCAGCCCCCUGGUGCAGAAUCCCCGAGUGACCUGGGGGCUUCUGCAGCUCCAUGGAAGCUGAUGGGGAGCUCAGGUUACAGGCCUUUGCCACGCACCUAGUACUCUGCUGAUUCACCUAAACUUAUAAAAAUCUUGACCCAGAUUUGUUUUUGAAACCAUUCAGUUUAAUACAUUAUUAAAAAGGACAUUUUUGCUAACUCAAUAGAGGUCAGAAUAAACUAUUUACCUCAGCUG